AUGAGCGGGUAUAAUUCAGAGAAACCACGUAAGUAUAUUAUGUAUCUAGACGCUAAUAACCUUUAUGGAUGGGCGAUGUCUCAAUAUUUACCAACAGGUGGUUUUAGGUGGAUGACUCAAAAACAAAUACAAAAAGUUAAUCUCGCUGCUUGGACAGAAGACAGAAAAAAGGGUAUUAUUUUAGAAGUCGAUUUGGAAUAUCCUAAAGAAUUACAUGAGCUGCAUAAUGAUUAUCCUCUAGCCGCGGAGAAAAUGAAAGUUACCAAAGAAAUGCUCUCUCCUUAUUGCAAAAAUAUUCAUGAGCAGUUUGGAAUAAGUAUUGGCCAGGUUGCUAAGCUAAUUCCAACACUAUCCAGUAAAAAGAAUUAUGUGUUACACUACAGAAAUUUGCAACUCUAUCUGUCUCUUGGUCUUAAAUUGAAGAAAGUAUACAGGGUAUUAGAAUUUGACCAGUCUCCCUGGCUCGCGCAGUACAUUAAUUUUAAAACCCAAAAGAGGAUGAAUGCUAAGAAUGCAUUUGAGAAGGACCUUUUCAAAUUAUUAAAUAAUUCCGUAUUUGGGAAAACCAUGGAAAACAUAAGAAAGCGCGUUGACGUGAGACAAGUGACUGAUCAGAAGUUGUCUAAACUAGUGAGCAAGCCGACGUUUGUUAAUAGUAAGAUCUUCAAUGAGGACCUUGUGGUGGUUCAUAAACUAAAAGCAACACUAACACUGGACCGGCCAGCUUACGUGGGUAUCUGCAUUUUGGAUUUAUCAAAAACUCUCAUGUAUGACUUUCACUAUAAUUAUAUCAAAAGUAGGUACAAUAAUAAGGCUAAACUAUUAUUUACUGAUACAGACAGUCUUUGUUAUGAGAUUGAGACAAGGGAUGUUUAUAAGGAACUUUGGGAGGACAAACAAUUAUUUGACAAUAGUGAUUACCCCAAAGAUAGUCCAUACUUUAGUGUGGAGAAUAAAAAAGUUAUCGGCAAAUUUAAAGAUGAAGCAGCUGGCAUGCCUAUUGUGGAAUUUAUUGGUCUCAGGAGUAAGAUGUAUUCUUAUGUGAAAGAUAAUGGUAAAAAUGAAAAGACAGCUGAGGGUGUCAGAAAAUAUGUUAUUAAAAAGAAUAUAACUCAUGAGAAUUACAAAGAUUGCUUAUUAAAUCGUAAACAAAUGUUAAACAGUAUGCACACAAUUAGGAGUGAGUGUCACCAGAUUGGCAGCUACCAAUUGAAUAAAAUAUCGCUUAGCUGCUUUGAUGACAAACGGUAUAUACUCGAGGAUGGAAUUACGAGUUAUGCGUAUGGGCAUAAAAAUAUAAUAUAUAGAUUUAGCCAGGGCUAA